AUGUAUCCAAGUCCGCCAAUCGCUAUCGGGGCACGACGUGGUGCUCCCGGGACUCGGUUGUGUUUUCCGUUAAUGACGAACGACUACGCGCGGCGGCGCCAACACUCUCCAAGGCUCGCCACGACGUAUCGACGUCCACCCAACGCGUUUGGGACGUUGUUGACGUUCUUGAAAUCAGUCGCAUGUUGUAGCUUUUGGGUAAAGGUCGUUUAUGUGCGUUACCAGCUCCCGAAGGUUCCCCGGCCUUUGCAACGUCACCAAGUAUGCCCUAGCCGCCCUCAACGCAAGUCCGUCUUCGAGUUGCGGCGUGUUUACUGUCAGUCUUCCAACCGCUUCAACACGUUACCGCCUUCAAUCCACCUUUCCAAUGCUCAACACGACGUAUCGACGUCCGCCGAACGCGUUGGGACGUCGUUGACCUUGUUGAAAUCAGUUGCAUGCUGUAGCUUUCGGAUAAAGGUCGUUUACGUCCGUUACCAGCUCCCAAAGGUUCCCCGGCCUUUGCAACGUCACCAACUACAUCAACUACGCCCUGAUCACCUUCAACGCAAGUUUCAUCGAGCCGUACUGUUGAUCUUCGAGUCGUCGUCCGCCCAACACCCUCUCUACAUGCUGGCAAGUUUUUUCGACUGUUCCACAGUGUCUUGCAUCCCUCCUGGCCCCAAGACGACAUUUUGUCUUCUGCAGAAUGGCCCCAUGCCACCCUCUAUCUUCCGGAACUCUUCCACCUUUCUAUGGCUCUCUGAGGCUUCGAGACGACGUAUCGCCGUCCACGAAACGCCCUCUCUAUGCAUGGGAUGGCAAUGGUAG